UCAGGCAUGGAUUGAAGUGCGUUCAUUUACCCUUAACCGGUGAGUUUCCAUGAAUUCUGCCCGCACUGGUCACAUUCCUAUAAAGGAGGAAGAUACCAGUAAAAUGAGUCUCCCUGGAGACCAGGAUGGAGGAAAAGCCGCUUCGAGAUUGGGCCUCUUAAGCCUAAUAGAGGAAGAGGAAGCUGGGGAAGAGGGAUCAGACUCUAAAAAGAGCCUUCAGAUAUCACCUGUCUCUGGCUGUGUGUCUAUGAAGAGUGGAUGGUCAAUAGACCAACCACUACACUUCAAAGACGACAUUACAUCUGACCAAAUACCCCAAAUGGGGAGGGAAGAGUCGUCUGGAUCAGGUUGUUUGAUGAGUGAAGACUCAAGUGAUGCAGACGUGUUUUUCAAACAAAAGUCAGAUGAUCCAUGGGCCCAGACAUCGGAGACCAGGUGUUCGUCAGAGAGAAGAGGCCAUUCACUGACCUCCAUGCUCAUACAGAAGUCCAUCCAGAACUCUCUGCAGAUGUUACAAGUGGAUGAUCUGAGUCGAUUCAGGAAACGUAUGAUUCGGGAUUACCCACAAUACUUUGAGGGCCAGCUGGAGGAUAACUAUGCAUUCACUGAGAAGAUGAUAGAAAGCUGUGGUGGGGAGAAGGCCCUGACAAUCACACUGUGCACCCUCAAGAAUUUGAAUUGGAAUGACAUCGUUGACACCUUUGAGCAAGAAACUGAGACGAUUAAGUCUAUACAGAUAAGCCAGGAGAAAAUGAAAGCCAAACUGAAAAAUCGGUUUGAACUGACAUUCGAAGGUGUCGCUAAGCAAGGGGAUCCACGCCCUAUGAAGGACAUCUUUACAGAACUCUGCAUCACCGAGCACAUAAGUGAAGGAGUCAAUAGUGAACAUGAGCUGCUUCAGAUAGAAAAAGCAUUAAGGAAAUCAGCCCCAGAUACACGCACAAUCACGUACAAUGACAUCUUCAAACCAUUUCCUGAACAACACAAUGUCAGAACUGUGCUGACAGUUGGAAUCGCUGGCAUUGGAAAAACAGUCUCUGUGCAGAAGUUCAUCCUUGACUGGGCAGAAGGAAAAGCAAAUCAGGAUGUUCAUUUCAUGUUUCCCUUUGAGUUUCGGGACCUCAACCUUCAGAAGGAUAGAGAAUGGAGUUUGAUGCAACUCCUUCAUCACUACUUUCCAGAGCUCAGGGAGAUUACAGCAGAUAUACUUACUGAAUUCAAAGUCGCAUUCAUUUUUGAUGGUCUAGAUGAGUGUUACUUUAAUCUAGAUUUUCAAGACAAUAAUAGGUUCUGUGAUGCGACAAAAGCAGCAUCGCUGCAUGUGAUACUGACCAGCCUGAUUAAGGGGGAUCUGCUUCCAUCUGCCCUUGUGUGGUUAACCUCCAGACCAGCAGCAGCCAGUCAUAUCCCUCCUGAAUGUGCUAGCCGGCUAACAGAGAUACGCGGAUUCAGUGAUUUACAAAAGGAUGAGUACUUCAAAAAGAGAUUUGUUGAUCAGGACCUGGCCAACAGAAUCAUUUCACACGUAAAAUCAUCAAGGAGCCUCUACGUCAUGUGUCACAUACCAAUCUUUUGCUGGAUCUCAGCAACAGUCCUGCAGGAAACACUAAGUAAUGAAAAUACUGGAGAAAUCUCUCUGACACAAAUUUACAUUCACUUCCUGCUUUGUCAGAGAAACAUACAGAAGAAGAAAUGUCAUGGGACAGGUGGAGAAAAUCAACAAUGUGACAAAGACAUGAUCUUAAAACUGGGUAAGCUAGCUUUUCAACAACUGCAAAAGGAACAUUUGAUAUUUUAUGAGGAGGACCUGAAAGAGUGUGGAAUUGUUGUCACUGGGACUUCAGUAUACUCUGGACUGUGUACAGAAAUCAUUAAAGAAGAAGUUGCAAUGUCCCAAAGGAAAGUGUACAGCUUUGUGCACCUGAGCCUUCAGGAGUUUCUUGCCGCCUUGUAUGUAUUUCACGUGCACAGAAACAGCAACAGGAACCUACUUUGCAAAAGAGGAGCUGCAACAGUAUUUGAGUUACACAGGAGUGCAGUGGAUGAGGCCUUAAGAAGCCGAAACGGACACCUGGACCUUUUCCUGCGCUUCCUCCUUGGCAUCUCACUGGACUCAAAUCAAAGGCUUCUACAAGAAAUACUGACCCAGAUAGAGAACAGCUCAGAAAGUGUAACGGACACAGUUAAAUACAUUAAGAAGAAGAUCAGGGAGAAUCUUUCACCAGAAAAGUGCUUUAAUCUGUUUAAUUGUCUGAAGGAAAUGAACGACGAUUCUUUAGUGCAGGAAAUCCAGAAUUACCUGAGCUCUGGACAUCUUUUAACUAAACGUCUGUCAUCUGCACAGUGGUCAGCUUUGGUCUUUUUUUUAUUGACAUCAGAGGAGGUGCAGGGAGUGUUAGAUUUGAAAAAAUACAAUCGAUCAGAUGAAGCACUAUUGAGACUACUGCCGGUGGUCAGAUGUUCCCAUACAGUUCUGCUGAAUCAGUGCAACCUGUCAGAGGAAUGUUGUGAAGAUUUGGCCUCAGUUCUCAGCUCAGACGCCCCACAGCUAAGAGAGCUGGACCUGAGUGACAACAAUCUGCAGGAUUCAGGAGUGAAGUUGCUCUCUGAUGGACUGAGGAAUCCACACUGUAAGCUAGAGAUACUGAGGCUAUACCAGUGUAAACUCACUAGAGAAUGCUGUAAGCUGUUGGCCUCAGGUCUCAGCUCAAGCACCUCAAACCUCAGACAUUUGGAUCUGAGUUACAACGACCUGGAGGAUUCAGGGGUGAAGCUGCUCUCUGAUGGACUGAGGAAUCCACACUGUAAACUGGAGAUGCUGAGGCUUAUUCAAUGCAAACUCAAAGAGGGAUGCUGUGAAGCAUUCGCGUCAGCAUUUAGGUCACACUCCUCACAGCUGAGAAAUCUGGACCUGAGUGACAAUGACCUGCAGGAUUCAGGAGUGAAGCUGCUCUCUGCUGGACUGGGGGAUUCACACUGUAAACUGGAGAUACUGAGGUCGGUACUGCAAGGGAACUAUAAUUGUAAAAUGGAGAUACUGAGGUCAGUACUGCAAGGGAACUAUAAUUGUAAAGUGGAGAUACUGAGGUCAGUACUGCUAGUGAACUAUAACUGUAAAGUGGAGAUACUGGGGUCAGUACUGCAAGGGAACUAUAACUGUAAAGUGGAGAUACUGAGGUCAGUACCUCAAGGGAACUAUAACUGUAAACUGGAGAUACUGAGGUUGUCAGGCUGUCAAGUCACAGAGGCAGGUUGUGCUUCUCUGGCUUCAGCUCUGCAUGCCAACCCCUCACAUCUGAGAGAGCUGGAUCUGACCUACAACUACCCAGGAGAGCCAGGAGUGAGACUGCUCUCUGCUGGCCUGGAGGACCCCAGGUGGAAAUUGGAGAAACUACACAUGGAUUAUGGUGGAGAAUGCAGGAUCAGAUCAGGACCAAGAAAAUUUGCCUGUACGCUCACGCUGGACCCCAACACAAUAAACAAACAGCUGUUGUUAUCAGACACGGAAAGAGAGGUGAUAUGGAGUGAAACGCAGGAGCCUUAUCCUGAUCAUCCACACAGAUUCGAUUGCAGGCUCCAAGUUCUGUGUAGGGAGAGUCUAUCUGGUCGCUGUUACUGGGAAGUUGAGCGGAUGGGAAACAGCAGGAUUGAAGUAGGAGUGACUUACAAAGGAAUCGUCCGCAAAGGAGACUAUGAUAAUGAGAGUCUGCUUGGACGCAACAGCAAGUCCUGGACUCUCUACUGCUGUGAUGAUGCCUACUCUAUCUGGCAUGAUGCCAGCGCCAUUGGCCUGCCAUUACCUGCCUCCCGUUCCCUCAGAGUAGGAGUGUACGUGGACUGGGAGACUGGUAUCCUGUCUUUCUACAGCGUUGCCUCCGAUGAACUGACCCUCCUGCAUAGAUUCACAUCCACGUUCACUGAGCCCCUCUAUGCUGGCAUAAGGGUUUACCCUCAUUCUGCAGUGUCCAUGGGCUGAAUUAAACCUCCGAGUCCUGCAGGAACACUGACGUCCAGAGUUUAUUUAGUUGUCCACAUGUACAAAAUUAAAAUAUGUUCACUUAUAGUGGAAAAGACUCAAGCACUCUGGAGAAUUUAUGCUUUAAAAAAGUUUGAUGUGAUUCCACAAGAGAACAAUGAAGUAAAAAAAUAUAACCAUAUGUAAACCAUAUGUAGAAAAUGACAGCAUCCUGCUAGAUUGCCAUAUCUACAAUAUAUCUAUUCUGUUCUUUCUGUGGUAUACUUUUGUGAUUACAUUUUGUACCUUUCAAUUAAAUGGGACAAUUUUUAUUCA